AUGGCUUUAUCUAAGCUGCCCAAGGCUUUCGGCUUGGGCGAUAAUUUCAAGAAAGGCUAUUUCCCCCAUCUUUUCAACACCGCAACCAACCAAAAUUACGUAGGCCCCCUACCCGCCGCCGAAUACUAUGACCCCGAUAAUAUGACGCCGGAAGAGCGCUCCAAAGAAUAUUGCAUUUGGGAUGUGGAGAUCCUGACGGCCGAAUGUCCCAAGUUCCGACAGCAGCUGAUGGAAACGGGAAACGUCUGCCCAUACACGGAAGCCUAUACCAUAGCCUCUGCGUGCAAUAAGGUGUACAGGCGCAAUUUCCUCCAGCCAAACACCAUCAGCAUCAUCCCCAAAGGCGGCUACAGAUGGCGCGACAACCAAAGCAAGAUAGCCAUCCAGUGGUUGGUAUGGGAGGAACACACCAGGGGCCUCAACAUUUCUCAUGCUGCCAAUGACAAAGAAGCACGAGUCGCAGGAGUCAAAGUUGAUGGCUACAACCCUGAAACCAAACAGGUGUUUGAGUUUCACGGGUGUUACUUCCAUGGUUGCCCCGACUGCUUUAAAUAUAAUAGAGACAAGUCCCUACACGAAAACCCCUCCCAGACAUUAAGCACCCGACACGAAGCCACCCUUGCAAAGAUACAAAGACUUCGAGACCUUGGUUACGAGGUCGUUGAGAAAUGGGAGUAUACGUUUAGAAGAUUAAAGGCGCAAGAGAGGCAAAUCGAAGACUACACUACCAAUCACCCCUUAGUUACGCUGACACCGCUAAACCCCAGAGACGCAUUUUACGGGGGACGUACAGGUAAUAUUUUCGAGUAUUACAAGUGCGGCCCAGGGGAGAAAAUCAAAUACGUCGACGUCUGCUCCCUUUACCCCUGGGUCUGCAAAUACGGCAAGUUCCCCGUAGGACACCCCAAGGUGUAUGUGGAUCCUCCCGCGCCAGAAUCUCUACCACCCUGUGCUCCCAGCCAAGAUGAGCUUGUUCUUUGUAGCGCCUACGGAGAACACAUGAAUAAGGGCAAGUGCCAUAGUGACGAAGAGCGAACUCUCACAGGUGUAUGGGUGGUAGAAGUUCAAAAGGCCGAUGAAAAAGGGUAUCGUCUGCUGGAGAUCUACGAGAUCUGGAGCUACGACGUUCAGCAGUACGAUAAGACCAAAAAUGUAUCUGGUGUAUGGGUGGUAGAAGUUCAAAAGGCCGAUGAAAAAGGGUAUCGUCUGCUGGAGAUCUACGAGAUCUGGAGCUACGACGUUCAGCAGUACGAUAAGACCAAAAAUGUAUCUGGUUUAUUCACGGGGACGAUGAACAAGUUUAUCUCCGUGAAACAGCAGGCGUCCGGGUGGCCCGCGCACUGCUGUAGCCAGGCAGACAGGGAGCGUUAUAUUGAGCAGUUUCUCGAAAGAGAAGACGUCAGGCUGGAGUUUGCGGAGAUCGUGGAGAACCCAGGGCUACGGUCUCUCGCAAAACUCAUCUUGAACAGUUUCUGGGGGAAACUUGAACAGAGGGAGAACCAGCCCAAAACAUCCAACGUGAGAAACCCCGCGGAAUUCUUCAGCAUGCUCACCAACCCCAGCAUCUACGUUAAUUCGGCGCUCCCGAUCAACGAAGACACCCUCGUCGUCAAUUGGGAGCACAUGGAGGAGGCCUACGACCCGCUCACUACCGUAAAUGUCGUCCUCGCUGCGUACGUUACCACUCAAGCCAGUCUUAAGCUGUACAGUUACUUGGAACAGCUGGGCGACAGGGUCCUGUAUUACGACACAGACUCUGUCAUUUACGUAUCUCGAGACGGAGGGUACGACGUACCCACAGGAGAGUUCCUAGGCGAUAUAACAGACGAGUUGGAAAGGUACGGACCCGGAAGCUACAUAACCGAGUUUGUCAGCGAAGGUCUGAAAAACUACCCAUACAAGGUCUUCUCUACCAAGGAUAACGAGGAGAAGGUCGUGUGUAAAGUUAAGGGUAUAUCCCUUAACUACACAGCCUCACGACUGGUAAAUUUCAACACCAUAAAAGAUAUGGCGUUGGACACUUCUGCCAGCCCUGUAUGCGUGGUCUCAAGAAACAUCUUGAGGACCAAGGAGCACGAGGUGGUUACAGUGCAGCAAACCAAGCUGUAUAAGCCUCUCUCCGUCAAGAGACGGUUCUUAGACGACCACAGCUCUGUGCCCUACGGGUUUAAAAGACCUGAGCCAGAGUAA